CUUCUCUUCUUCAUCUCAGUCUGCAACCGGUCUUGCAGUCUUGGUUUUAUUUCACCUAUACGCUCUUUUACUUUUGGACGAUAAUAUAUAUUUUUGCAAUAUGCGUGCUUCUACCGCUUCGGUCAUUCUGGCCUUCUGUGCCAUGCUGGCAGUCCAGGCUGUUCCAGUCUCACUCACUGCCGAUGCUCUUCUCGCUGUUCGCGAGCUCGAUUUGGCUGAUGCUUUGAUGGUCCGAGACCUCCCACUUGAGGCUCGCGAGGUCGAGAUCGAAGAGAGAGACCCUAAGAAGAAGAAGAAGGCUGGCAAGGAGGGCCGUGACGCAGAAAUUGAGGAGAGAGACCCGAAGAAGAAGAAGAAGGCUGGCAAGAAAGAAGGCCGCGAUGUUGAAAUCGAAGAACGUGACCCUAAGAAAAAGAAGAAGGGCGGAAAGAAAGAAGGCCGCGAUGUAGAGAUCGAAGAGAGAGACCCAAAGAAGAAGAAGAAGGGCGGAAAGAAGGAUGCCCGAGACAUUGAUCUCGAGGAGAGAGAGCCCAAGGACGACAAGAAGAAGAAGAAGAAGGAAGGCAAAGAAGCCCGCGAUCUUGAGAUCGAAGAGCGAGACCCCAAGAAGAAGAAGAAGGCCGGCAAGAAGGAAGGUCGUGACGUCGAAGAUGUCGAGUAAAUCGAAAUCGGGUGGUAAAAGAGCAACGGCGGCCCCCAGAUACGCAAAUGACCCCGAGUUACUAGUACUUCAAGUCGG